AUGUUGGUGAUACUGUUUGCAGUUCCGUGGUUGCUGCUGCACGGAGCAUUCGCUAAAUCCAAACAGCGCAGGCGAACCGUUUACCGGAUGGAGCUGAUGAAAAAGCCAUUGUUCAACUCUAAUGAUGUCGAACUAUACGAUGUUUCGAAUCAGUUUGGUGAAGAUGCUCAUGCAGCUGAAGUGUUCGCCAAUCUGCAUAAAGUGCGGUUCUCACCUAACAAUUUCCUUUCUUUGCUCGUUAGCACUCGAAUAUUACGUUACGGUUGA